AGUCUUGCUUUACGGCCAGAUUUACAUCCGGGAUCGAGCGGCCAAUAAGGGAGGACUGAGGACAAGCCGCUAAGGUGACAGUAAAAAUGGCGGCGCCCUGCACUGCCUUUGGCCGGGUCUGGUCUCGCAGACUAGGAUGGAUGUCAGUGACCGAGAGUGUCCGGAGCUCUCUGAGACCUCAGUCCUCCCCGGGAUCGGCUAGCAGGCUGGUCUGGAGAGCCUACACCGCAAAGAGCUCCACCGGGGAGCCUGUUACCCACACCGGCCAGGUUUUUGAUGAGCACGACUACAGAAAAGUACGAUUUGUUGGGCGUCAAAAAGAGGUCAACGAGAGUUUUGCUAUUAAUUUGAUAGCGGAACAACCAGUGAAUGAAGCUGAAGAUAGAAUAGUAUCUUGUGAUGGAGGAGGUGGCGCUUUGGGACAUCCUAGGGUUUAUAUUAACUUGGACAAAGAAACAAAAACAGGAACCUGUGGAUACUGUGGACUACAGUUUAAACAGAAGCAUCAUCACUAAUAUGUCCAUAAUCUCUUUUGUUUAAUCCCUCUCCAAUAAAUAUGUAUUACUGAACACAACAGGUCCUCUUGCCUUACUGGUCUGCACAA